AUGUUCAAAUCGCAGAUCCUCACGGAGCGCCAACAACUUGAGCUCAACAAAGCUAUCAUUCAAUACCUAGAGCCGAUUCUAAGCGAGAACGAUCAUCAGACACUCGCCAAACUCUCGGAAACCCUCAAGAUACCUAUCAACUCCAAAGACGAGAGCUCCAAUAUCGUGUCGAACUACUUGGAAAAGAAGUGGUCUACGGUGUUAAGAUUGCAAAGAAAGAUCAUUGAUUUAGAGAAUGAAGUGAGUAAUCUCAGAACUGUUAUCGAUUCACAACAAGCACUAGGACCUGUGAAUGGCGGUUCCUCGGUUAUAAGCAAAGAUAAAAUCAACUGGUUGCCAUCAUCCACCAGCAAGGUAUUUUCUACUCAGUUGAACCAAAUGAUCCAAACAAACACCAUACACCCACACUUGCCUGUGGUCCUCGCUGGGUGCUCUGAUGGAUCCAUAAUAGUAUGGAGCUUGGUCAACGACGAGAGCUCCAUCCCUGACAAAAUCAUCAAAGCACAUACCCGAGGGGUGAACAAAUUGGUAUGGUCAAGAGACCCAGUCGACUUAAGCACCGGUCCUUCCAACAUCAUAAACUCUACAUUAGCAUCAUCAUCAUACUUACUAGCAUCUUGUUCUUCGGAUUUGUCCAUUAAAAUCUGGAACGGCUCAUCCUACAAGCAUAUUAGAACCUUGACAGGUCACGAACACACCAUAUCUUCCAUCAAAUUUUCUCACAUAAAGCCUACUAUCUUGUAUUCUGUUUCCAGAGACAAGACCGUUAAGAUCUGGGACUUGGUCAACGGAUACUGCAUUAAAAGCUUCAUAGGACACAGUGAAUGGGUGAGGGAUAUAGAUGUGAUAAGCAUUAACUCAAAGCUUCUGCUCGGACAAAUUAAGCAGAGUGAUAUGGGUGAUUUCAUAUUGACAUGCUCGAACGAUCAGUCUGCAAGGUUAUCCCACGCAGACUCGGGAACAGGCUUGGCCUUGCUCAUUGGACACAACCACGUAAUUGAGGCCAUUAAAUUUUUACCCUUGACCUCGAACAUUAUAAUUGACAAGUACCUCAAGGACAACAUAACAUUAUUUCCAAGCAUCUCACAAGAAGUCAUUUCCGACCCUGUGUACUCGGAGACAUUGGGUUAUAAGUACUGUAUCACAGCAAGCAGAGAUAAUACUAUUAAGCUCUGGCUCUUACCUCCCCCAAUUCUUGUUCCACAUAGACAUCCCUUACCUGCAAAGGUUAAUAAUUCACAAGCAUGGUUGAUAGCUGAUUUGAUCGGACACCAGUCGUGGGUGAAAGGGGUUUCAAUCCAUCCUAACGGAAGGUUUAUAUUCAGUGGAGGAGACGACAAAACCAUAAAGAUUUGGGAUCUUGAAAGUCUCAAUGUGGGAGGUAAGGUCAGAUGCAUAAGAACUUUGAGUGGGCAUGAUGGUUUCAUCAACGAUUUAGAAUUUGCUAGCUUCAAAAUAGAUCAAUUGGAAGCAAAGGAUGACAAGGAUAAAGUGAAGAGUGAAGAGGAGACACACGGUGAAAUAUUGAAGGCCAUUGAGAAACGGAUGAGAUGUUUAUUCGUAAGUGGGGGAGCUGAUAAUACAAUGAGAUUCUGGGGCUAG